AAGGCACUAGAAAGCAUAGAAAAACGUCAUACGUGUAACGGUUAAAGCACGGCACCAGCGGCGCCCCGGACAGCCGUGCUCUCGGGACGUGGCAACACACGACUGAUCUACAAGCCUGCGCAAUUUGGGGCGUAACGAGCCGCUGCGACCGGAGAUCUAGCCAUGUGCCGCCCGCCCCAGCCCAGUGAGCUGGUCGCCGACGCCGCCAGGGACGCCGCCGCGCCCGCGACCGCCGCCAAGGACGCCGCCACCACAAUAAAGGAGGAGCCGCUCCCCUACGCCCGCACGGAGCACAACAAGCACUUUGGAGUUACGGAGGAGCAGCAGGGGCUCAUCCUGCUCGUCGGUUUACUAAUAGCGGGCUUCGCCACGACGCGCUUCGAUUCAGUAAAUACGACGGUCCGCCUGCGGGACAUUGGGAUACUGUACCUCCUGUCGUAUAUUGUGAGGAGCAUCUACAACCCUUACCUCGAGUGGGCCUAUCACACGUACCCAGAAAGACGCAUCCAGAAGGACUCGCGCCCAUCACAGUACCGGGACGAGACGCAGCGCACCGAAGAUGAAUUGGCCUUGAUCGAGUGGCACGACCGCCUCACGGGGCUGUCCACGUUCUGUUUGUUGGUGGGGUGCUACGUGUACGGUGGGCAUUUGCUCUACCCGACCGUCACCGUGCCGGAGCAGUACGCGGACCGUCCUUAUGUGUAUUGGUUCGUACGGACCAUAGCGCAUCAUUAUUGUUUUUCGUUCGGGAUGUACUGGGCGCACCGCUACUUACACGUCAAUAAAUUCCUCUGGCGCCACGUCCAUUCGUUACAUCAUUUCGCGAAGACGCCUUUAGCGAGGACGACCUACAUGGACCACUGGGCCGACAACUUCUUUAACGCUUUUAUAUGUGAAGUGUGUGCCCCUAUCAUCGUGCCGCUGCCGUUUCCCGUGCUCGUCGCGUCGCGGCUGUUCCGCAUCUGCGAAUCGUUGGAGAAGCACUCGGGUCUCGCGGGCGGUUUUAAUAUCGUGCACACGGCCCAACGACUACUCCCCUUCGCCCAGAUGCCGCACCACCACGACUGGCACCACGAAGGCCACUGCGGGUCGAAUUAUACGUUCGCGUCGCUGGGCGGCCUGUGGGACGUGUUAUUUAAUUCGCGCCACCACGGCCGGAGCAACGGCUACGCGGAGUGCGCGGCGACGCGCGACGACAACUACCGCAUCGAGCGCCAGCUCAAGCCGUCGUUCCGGGCCAAGGGCAUGGGUUGGGACCACCCGCUGAUCACGCCGCAGCCGCUCCUCGCGUACUUUUUGCUCACGGUGCACUGCGCGACGCACACGCACUUCUAGAUCCUCCUGACGGUGCGACGCACACUCACUCUUAGCCCCUCCGCGCUCGGGCGCGUCACGCGCCGCCCGCCGCGGAGGUAUACCCCCCUGACGAUAGAUUCCUCGGAGGUAACAUUCGAAAUCAGAAAA